AUGCAGGAGUUGGAAGCUAUGUUGGCACAGCCCGGCGCUUCUGGAGGAGUAGAAAAGGCCAUCUAUUACCUCAGCAAGAAAUUACUGCCUAUCGAGGAAAAGUUCGAGGAAAAGUACAAUUUGGUGGAGAAAACGUGUAUGGCAGUGGUAUGGUCGAUAAAGAAAUUGAGGCCUUACUUUGAUUCUUUUAGGGUCACUUUCAUUUCCAAAAUUGAUCCUAUGAGAGUUUGUCACGAAGAAGACAGUCAAGGCCGAGUUAUGGCAGAAUUCCUGGCAGAGAAUCCGAUUGCAGAUGAUAAAUCAUGGGAAUUGGAAUUUCCUGAUGAACACUUGUUGUGUGUUGAAACUGGAACUUGGAAAUUGUACUUUGAUGGAUUAGCCAACAGAAACGGAGCCGGAGCUGGUAUCGUGAUAGAGGCACCUAAUGGUGAUGUCACAACAAUGUGUAAAAGAUUGUUGUUUCCGGUCACCAACAAUAUGGCCGAAUAUGAAGCGUGUAUCAUGGGAAUAGAGGCUCUUCUUGCAUCAGGUGCUAAGGAAGUUGAGGUAAUAGGAGAUUCGUUGUUGGUUAUCGAACAUGCUAACGAGAGAUGGAAAGUGGAAGAAGAAAGGUUGAAGCCCUAUCUUGAGUACUUGUUGAAGAAGGCAGCACUCUUUGAUAAGAUCACCUUCACUCACAUAGGAAGAAUCUAUAACAGAAUUCCCGAUGCCUUGGCAAACUUAGCAUCAGCUUGGCAGGAUUUAAGUAAAGUUCCAAAGAAGCCAUUUAUCAUUAUUGCGGCAAAUAUCCCGUGCUUUAUCAUUAUUGCGGCAAAUAUCCCGUGCUACGAAGAACAUUUUGUGAAUCAGGUGGAGUCAGAGGAAGAACCCUGGUUUACGGAUAUCCUCUGGUACAUGAAAGACGGAACCUUUUCUGAUGAUGCGACAAAGGAAGACCGUUCAGUUCUUAGAAAAAUGGCUUUGAGUUAUAUCCUGGCCGAUGGUGAGUUGUAUAGGAGAGCUUGGGACGAAAUGCUGCUAAGAUGCGUAGGUAAAAAGGAAGGGGAAGAAAUAAUGAAGAAAUCCAUGAGGGCGUCUGCGGUACUCAUUUGA